AUGGUGUCGAGAGGUGUCCUACCGGGAGAACUAAUGCACAAUGAUGUCUGGUGGCAUGGUCCAUCAUUUUCGCGUACCGCUACCUACAAAGAGUUUGUGUUUACUGAAGAAAUCUUGAUACCAGAUGUUAAAACAAUUGCGCUUCCAGUCAGUUGUCAAUCGAUUGACUUUCCGGUUCUGGAAAGGUACAGUUCAUUUCGUAAACUGAGGAGAGUGAUGGCAUACGUAGCACGAUUCAUUAGAAAAACGAAGGGGAUACGAACAGCGAAUGACAAUGAAGUAUUACCUACGGUUGAAGAAAGUCUUGACAUGAUCGUCAGCCUGGUGCAGCGACAAUAUUACGCUGAGGAUAUCAAGCAGAUACAGAGGUACAACACUACGCAGAAUAUGGACCAUAAAUAUGUAGGAGAUUUGCGCUCGCUGAAUCCCAUAUACGAAUCCGGAAUACUACAUGUAGGCGGCAGAAUCAAGCACGCGAAUCUAACCUUUGGACAGCGUCAUCCGAUUAUACUUCCACCGAAGCAUCAUGUGACAAAGAUCAUCAUUAACGAUUUCCAUGAAACGUACCUGCACAUUGGACCCAGCGGUUUGUUAUCGGCGCUUCGACAGCGAUUUUGGAUCGUUGAUGGACGGAAUGUGAUCCAGAAGCAUCUCAAAAGGUGCAUUCGCUGCUUCAAAACAAAUCCACCGGAAAUCAAGCGUUACAUGGGAGACUUAUCAAAGUUUCGUGUGACACAAUCAGACGUUUUCUCGAGAGUUGGUAUCGACUACGGCGGUCCAUAUCGAGUUGGCAGUGGACCUAUCAACUCAAGCUUUCAUCAACGUGCUGAAGCGUUUCGUGGUCAGACGUGGAGUUCCUACCCAAAUGCCACAAACUUCAUCGGGGCGAACUCGGCACUGCAUGAACUGUACGUCUUGUUCAAUCAACGGGAUAUGAAGCAGGCGCUCAGUGACUACUGUCUACCUCAAGAAAUAAAAUGGCACUUUAUUCCGGCGCGGUCUCCCGAGUUCGGUGGCGUUUGGGAAGAUGGUAUCAAAUCAACCAAGCAUCACAUAAAACGAGUUGUCGGCGAUGGAAGGUUUACCUACGAUGAGUGGAACACCUUGGUUGCCCAGAUUGAAGCCAUCCUCAAUUCGAAACCGCUUGUUCCUCAAUCAGCUGACCCUAAUGACCUGAAGGCGAUAACCCCUGGGCAUAUUCUCAUAGGCCGAGAGCUAACUGCCAUACGUGAGCCUGAAUCAGACGACGUCAAGCUAAGUGCACUGUCCAGAUAUCAAAUCAUUCAGAAGAUGCGAAGCGAAUUUUGGAAGAGGUGGUCACGAGACUAUCUUCAGGAACUACAACGCAGACCGAAGCACAAUCGCAAAUACACCGAAGUAAGAAUCGGAGAUCUCGUCGUUUUGAAGGAGGAGAAUAUGCCACCCCAACAAUGGCGUUUAAGCAGGGUGGUUAGUGUCCAUCCAGGUUCUGAUGGGAUAAUCAGGGCGGUGAUGGUAAAGACCAACAGCGGUGUUUUCAGUCGAACCACGGCGAAGUUAGCAGUUCUGCCUCUGGAUGCUUGA